ACUGAAGUGAGUGAAUUCAGAUACAUAACUCAACCUUGUUAGAGGGCUUUUUAAAAAAUAAACAGUUGAUUCGGUGCAUGAGAGCAAGUUACUGCUGCUUACCGUUCAGAGACUCACAGGUGCUUGCCUGCGUUGCAAUAAAGGACUCAUCUAUUGAGCAAGACUUCUAUUUAUCUCUUCGUUUUGGAGAGCCUAAUAAACUGUUAUUACAGUUUCUCUACUGACUUUCAAAAGUUUUGAAGUUUGAAAGAGACGUCUUUACAGUUAAUACAGCAUGAGCACGGCCAGAACAGAGAACCCUGUUAUAAUGGGUCUGUCCAGUCAAAAUGGUCAGCUGAGGGGCCCCGUGAAGCCCAGUGGCGGCCCCGGAGGAGGGGGCCCGCAGACACAGCAACAGAUGAACCAGCUGAAGAACGCCGGCACGAUCAACAAUGGCACUCAGCAGCAAGCACAGAGCAUGACCGCCACUAUCAAACCUGGUGAUGACUGGAAAAAGACUUUAAAACUCCCUCCAAAGGAUCUAAGAAUCAAAACUUCGGAUGUGACCUCCACAAAAGGAAAUGAGUUUGAAGAUUACUGUUUGAAACGGGAGUUACUAAUGGGAAUUUUUGAAAUGGGCUGGGAAAAGCCAUCUCCUAUUCAGGAGGAGAGCAUCCCCAUUGCGUUAUCUGGGAGGGAUAUCUUAGCGAGAGCAAAAAACGGAACCGGCAAGAGCGGUGCCUACCUCAUUCCCUUACUUGAACGGCUAGACCUGAAGAAGGACAAUAUACAAGCAAUGGUGAUUGUUCCCACUAGAGAACUUGCUCUACAGGUCAGUCAGAUUUGCAUCCAGGUCAGCAAACACAUGGGAGGGGCCAAAGUGAUGGCCACCACAGGAGGAACCAACUUACGGGAUGACAUCAUGAGGCUUGACGACACAGUGCACGUGGUGAUAGCUACUCCUGGAAGAAUCCUGGAUCUUAUUAAGAAAGGAGUAGCAAAAGUUGAUCAUGUCCAGAUGAUAGUAUUGGAUGAGGCAGAUAAGUUGCUGUCACAGGAUUUUGUGCAGAUAAUGGAGGAUAUUAUUCUCACGCUACCUAAAAACAGACAGAUUUUAUUAUAUUCUGCUACUUUCCCUCUUAGUGUACAGAAGUUCAUGAAUUCCCAUUUGCAGAAACCCUAUGAGAUUAACCUGAUGGAGGAGCUCACUUUGAAGGGAGUAACCCAGUACUACGCCUAUGUGACCGAGCGCCAAAAAGUGCACUGCCUCAACACGCUUUUCUCCAGGCUUCAGAUCAACCAGUCCAUCAUUUUCUGCAACUCCUCCCAGCGCGUCGAAUUGCUGGCCAAGAAGAUUUCCCAGCUGGGCUAUUCUUGCUUCUAUAUCCACGCUAAAAUGAGGCAGGAACAUCGAAAUCGUGUAUUUCAUGAUUUCCGAAAUGGCUUAUGCCGCAAUCUUGUUUGCACUGAUUUGUUUACCCGCGGUAUUGACAUACAAGCUGUGAAUGUGGUAAUAAACUUCGACUUCCCAAAGCUGGCGGAGACCUAUCUCCAUCGCAUCGGGAGAUCAGGUCGCUUUGGUCAUCUUGGCUUAGCCAUCAACUUGAUCACAUAUGAUGAUCGCUUCAACCUGAAAAGUAUUGAGGAGCAGCUGGGAACAGAAAUUAAACCGAUUCCAAGCAACAUUGACAAGAGUCUGUACGUGGCAGAGUACCACAGCGAGCCUGUGGAAGACGAGAAACCUUAACAGGCAUGUACGUGCCUGACGGAAUAGUAGCUAAGCUUUGACAGACUACAGGAGGCUCGUUUGGAUCUGUGACACAUCGUUUAGGGGGAUGCUCUUCUCUGUGGGUUUUUCAUCUUCUUUUAUUUUGGAACUAUGAAGACUUAAAAGCGCUCAGACAUUUUUUUCUUUUUUAACUGGUGAAGAGAAAAAGUUGAAAAGAAGGAAUUUACCUUUUUUGUUCCACUUGUUUGCACUGUGUGCUGACUGGACAUUAGUUGCACUAACUGCUGGUUUUUUAAAAAUGUUUUCUGGGGAAGGGGGACAAGGAAGGAGGAGAGAGAAGAGAAGGGGAGAAACCCUGAGAAGAGAAGAAUCUCGAUGGACCCACAGGCUUGUCUACCAUUUCCGAAUUCUCCCGCAGCUGACUCCGGAGUGCAUUUCACCUCCUCCCUGCUCACUCAUCCGCUGGUUAAGCCCGAAGAGCUUACUACUUAUUUGUGCGAAGUGCCUUACGCUACGAGACCAUUCAGAGUACCAUCUUCCGUCGCGGCCCGAGGAGUCCACGCAGCAACUCUUGCUUUCCUUUCUUUUUCCUGUCUUUUAAGAAUUUUUUGUCUUUUCAUUUCGGUUUCAAGUCGAAGUCUCUCUCUCCCCUUUUCCCCAGUGCUCAAGCCCAGGGCUGGAAGAUGAAACAUACUAGUAAUGUCAAACACCGUUUUCUUUUUCUUUAUGUGGAGGAGUUGAUAUGCAACUGCAGUCCAUCCGCACUGUAAAUACAUGUAUUUAAAAAAAAAAAAAACAAUCCCAAGUAAAAAAUUCCUUCUGGGCUGUGUAGAUUCCAGCAUCGUCGCGCCCAAAGGAAAGAGCCGUCUGUCCUUGCAGGAGCCACACGCCACGCCUUUGUGCUCUGUAGCAGAACACUAAAGACUGGUUCCCACUCGCUUCCACUAGCGGUUCUGGCACUUGACGCGUAGACAUGUCAGACCCUCGGCCCUCUUUCCUCUGCGGCAGAGCGUGUCCCAUAGAAGAUGGGGUGUGUACACUUGUAUAAACUCUGUAAAUAAGGUUUUUUUCUGGGUUCAUAUAUAUAUAUAUACAUAUAUAUAUAUUUUUUUUUUGGAUGAAGGUUGCUGGGAUUAAGGGGGUUAGAGUGAUUAUGGGAGCAGCUAAAGAUGAGAGGGGCUCAGUUUUCCGCAACACUAAGUGCUAAAAAGUGCUUUGGCCUCUUGCUGUAGAGAGCAGACCUCUGUGGGGCCCCUGUGUUGGAAGAGGGACCCGGAAGUCUGGGAGUCACUGUGCGCUGCCACACUGUAUCACCCGAUGCCUUUGGAGAACUCCUGCGAGAGAGAGCAAGGAAACUUCAAAACCUAGGAUUCAAGAUGCUAUUUUUGAGAAGCUCUCUCAUUUUGCUUCUUCCCCCUUUUUAAAAAAAGUUUGAGGAACUUUUCAAGCUCUGCAAAAGGGGACAGAGAUGACUCUCCCUUGUGGUGUGGGAGUUCAGUUGAGUGGCAGUGUCUGAGCAGUGUCUGCACAGAGCACGGAUUUGCAGUGCAGAGCGCUGGCCGGCACCGGCCUGGGCAGCGCCGGCGGCCCCGGCGCCUGCUUUCUGUGGAUCGCUUCCUGCGCCCAGUAAGGGCGCUGCCCUCCGCCCCCCUGGGUGCGUAAACUUCCAGGAACGGGCGACUCCUGAGAGUGUUAACUUUCAUGCUGCAGAAAGCUGCUUGCCAUUCUCUUGCUUUGUGACGAGAAUUCUCUGUCAUUUUGCAUUGUAAAUUGCUGGCAAAUGCUUUACAGUCAAUAGUGUUGCUUUAAAUUGUGCCCCUCCCAACAUGCUUGAUGUUUGGCCUGAUCUCCAGGCAAAAGGAGUGAGAUGAAUCAAAACCAGUGAACUUUUUUUUUUUAAUGUUUUUAAUUCCCUUUUAACCCAGUGUACUAGGUCAGUCAGGAGGCAUCUAGGGUUUAAAAAAAAAGUAAAAAAAUAAUACGAAAAAAAUUUGAUUUCCAUACUGCAUUUUUUCAAAACCCUAAAAUAUUACAAGAUAAAUCCUGCAUAUGCUUUCAUGCUUAACUCAUCUGGGUAAAGAAAUCAGUUAUUCAAAGUUGCUUUUUUUUUUUGACUCUUGCCUAGUUCUAAGCAAAACUAUUGUGACUCACCCAAAACUCGGGAUCAAAAUCCUGCAGAUGCCUCCUGACCGGCCAGAGCCCUGACUCCUUAAGAAACUAGCAAGAGCUGCACGUACAAACCCCAGAAAGAAUGAGCUCGAAGAUUCGGUCUCCAGCUGUGUUGUUACUAAAUAUAAACCCUAAUUAAGGAGUAACUUUCUUCCGGGGGGGGGGGGGCGGGGGGAGGGAAUUUAGAAGGCAUCAACUUUUGACCAAAAAAAACUUGUCCUUGUACUGAUGCAGCUCUCUCUCCCCCACCUCUGGCGAGAUACGCGGGAUCAUUCGCUAGAGCAGGAGAGCAGGAAAGGCUUGUACAUGCGCAUAGGUGUCUCGCCAGAGAGUGCGUGGGUGACAACAAACAGCACAGUCUCCUUUGCCAUCUCAGACUGUGCCUGGUGCCACAUGCCUGUGGGUCCCUCUUAAAGCACAGACGAAACAAGUGUUACCGAAGUCUAGCCUCUGACGAGGAGUGGCACUUAGAACUAUCUAGGACACCACGACUGGACGCCGCCUGCGGAGGCAGCUGUCCGGUUUCGGUGCUUGACUUCUGAGUAGGAAUCGUUCCAUGGAAAGAUGCUCUAAGGACUAGGUUAAAGCCUAGUCUCUUUUUUUUUUUUUUUUUUUAAAUGCCCCCCUCGAUAUUAAAGGAGCAUUGUUUUUGUGUUCUUUCCAGUUUGGGUGUCUGUUUUAAGUAAUGGUGGUAUUUUUUCCCCAGUGGUUCAUUUGAAUGAAACUUCCCUAUUUUUAAUAUUUAAGUUAUGUCCAACUCCUGGAAUGGCGUGCAGUGGUCACCGUGUGCCGGCCUCCGGGCUGUUCCGCCGUGCCGCCUCUGCUGGCCCUCCUUUGGGAAUGGAACAAACCGCAUCUAAAAUGAUCUCCCGUGGGAAGAAGUACGGGAGAAGGACAUCUAAAUAUGUCUCUAAAUUAUUUUCAAGUUCGUCCCAGCAUCUCACGAUGGUGAUGUUCCGGGUGGACCCCCAUAGCGGGGGGCGGGGGGCAGUCGGUCGUCAGUACUUGUUUUCAGAAUGAGAUGGGAGCAUCUUUCCUGUGCUUUGUGCUUGAUGCCAUCAUGUUGGGUCAGCACCAGACAGUUCAGCACAAAGCCUUGAGUGUAAAUUGUUGGAAUCAAAACAUCUCAUUCUGAUCAUUUUCAUUUUUUUUUUCUUUUAUUUUUCUUUUUUUUUUUUAAUAGGGGUGGGAGGGAGGUUACUGUGCCCCCAAAGGGAGGGUGUCUGCAGGAAGGAUGUAGAAACACUUUGGAAGCUCAUAACCUCGUUGGCCUUUAGCCACACUCCUGACCUUAUAGAUGAGUAAAAAAAGAUGAAAUAAUUUUGGGGGAAUUAAGCUACGUUGUUUUAAUUUGCUACUUUUUUCAACGUUCUGUGUAUCUUAAAAAUUGUUACUGUGAAAACAUUUUCUGACAAAAUACCCUUGUUAAGCAAAAUUUUUGGCUUCAUGGGAGCUGAAAUCAGUCAACUUUUAAGUGAAAUUAAGUGUACCUUGGUGAGCUUGUAUCCUACUUGAUAUCCUUACGAAUUGCUUUUUAAAACUCCCAAAGGAAAAUCUCUGGUCUAAAAACUCAUCUUUGGGGUAAAGAGUUAAGUGUCCAAAGGUUGUGACAGUUCAUGACGUCAGAGGAGCUAGCCUGGCGCCUGGACUCUGGCCCGCCCCAGCCGACGGAUCGCAGCGGAAGUGUGUUCAAACCCUCCAGUAGACCGUACUGGGCAGGGCAGGCGGGGGGCGGGGUAGGGCUGGGCUAUUCAGAUACAGGCUACUGUAUUUUAACCAGUGGUUUGUUGGGAGGGGUGCCUGGAGAAAACAAAGUCACUUACUUCCCUUUUUUGAAACAAAACUAAAACUUGAAAAAAUGUUUUUUGUUCAGUAAAAAUGGGAUGGAAUUCCAGUGUCCCUAGCCACAAGGGACCAGUUCCACUGAGAAGUGACCAGUGGAGACUCAAAAUUUGGAAAACAUUCGGGGAAAGGGAGAAUUGGCUUUCUGUUAAUUGGCAAACGUUCCAGUGGGACCCUGUUUUGGGAUGUGUUACGUUGUGCGCAAACAUGACCAGAGUCUCUGCUGAGUCUAUAAGGUUCAGGAAAAAAUGGUUGAUAAAAUCUUGGUUUUUGUUAAUUUAUCUCAAUAAAAGCCCACUGGAACUCCA